AACGCGCCGCGCACGGUAUGCGCACGGUGUCCCCAAACAAAAACUAUUGUUUGCCUUCAUGCAUUUGCAGCGUUAUCUGUUUUUAUUUUAUUCAAGGACUGGUGGACAUGUGAUCGGAAUCUGUGCUCGUGACAGAUAUAUACAUUUUCAUUCGUGCUCUGUUUUAAUUCAUUUCAAGAGGAAUAUAAAGAAACUGGAUGUUUUCACGGAUCAUGUCCAUGAGACUCCGAGGAGAACAACAACCCCAUGACUCCGAAAAAGCCAGACGACGGGUUUAGGCAACCAAAGUUACAGCCCUGCUAAAGAUCGCCUUCGCACUUAUUAUUAUGACGGACUUUUAUUGUUCUUAUGCGAUCCCCAGGACGUCAGAUCUUUGACUCAAGUACUGACGUAACUAAAAUCACGAAUGUGCGUUUUAUGGGAAUUCUCGAAAUACGACUACUGUAACAUAUCCAGUUCUUUUGUUUUAACAUGCAAAGACUAACAUUGCAUAUGGUCAAUUGUUUUAGCUGACAAGAGAUUAAAUUGUAAUGGGAAUGCAAUAACGAUUGCUGUUCAAACACCAUACUAAGGAAAUUCUCCUUUGUCAAACGCGCAGAAAGAGAAAGACGUGUGGCUAUGUCUUUCUUUAAUUUUCGAAAAAUCUUUAAACUGGGCUUAGAGAAGAAGAAAAAACAGUAUGAUCACGUGCACAGGGACACGAACCCGGAGGAAAUAUGGGAGCUCGUGGGGGAGCUAGGGGAUGGAGCAUUUGGGAAGGUGUACAAGGCUCAGAACAAGCAGACGGGCAUUUUUGCUGCUGCCAAGGUGAUCGACACCAAAACUGAAGAUGAACUGGAGGAUUACAUGGUGGAGAUUGACAUCCUGGCAUCAUGCGAUCAUUACAAUAUCGUAAAACUACUUGAUGCUUUUUAUUUUGAGAGCAAACUUUGGAUCUUGAUCGAGUUUUGCGGCGGUGGAGCUGUAGAUGCGGUCAUGCUCGAGCUUGAAAGGCCUCUAACAGAGCCACAGAUCAGGGUGGUGUGUAAACAGGUGCUGGAAGCUCUGCUGUAUCUCCAUGACAACAAUGUCAUCCACAGAGACCUGAAGGCAGGAAACAUACUGCUCACACUGGAUGGAGACGUCAAAUUGGCGGACUUUGGUGUUUCGGCCAAGAACACAAAGACGCUCCAGCGAAGAGACUCCUUCAUUGGGACCCCUUACUGGAUGGCCCCAGAGGUGGUGAUGUGCGAGACAUCUAAGGACAGGCCGUAUGACUAUAAGGCUGACAUUUGGUCUCUUGGGGUCACUCUGAUCGAGUUGGCCCAGAUCGAACCACCCAACCAUGAGAUGAACCCAAUGAGAGUGCUGCUAAAGAUCGCCAAAGCUGAUCCGCCUACUUUACAACAGCCUUCAAAAUGGUCUGCAGAGUUCAAAGACUUCCUGAAGCACUCGCUGGAUAAGAACGUAGACAACAGGUGGAGCACGGCGCAGCUUCUGCAGCACCCGUUUGUGAGUAGAGUGACUGACAACAGGCCACUGAGGGAGCUCAUCGCCGAGGCCAAAGCGGAAGUCACUGAGGAGAUAGAGGAGGUGAAGGAGGAAGGGGAGGAGGAAGACCAAGAAGGAAACCAGCACCUUCCUGGACACAAGCGUGCGCCAUCUGACGCUAGCGUCGGAAGCUCUGAGGAUGAAAAGCUUCCACAAUCGCCAUCCAUCUUGGAGGCUGUUCCUGAAAAGAUCGAGGAAAUCAUUACUCCUAAAUUACCGGUUGACAGUGUUGUAACUGAAAAAACAAGUGAAGUAAAAGAAACCGUGAAAGUGGGGGAGAACCACAUCCAGGAUGCAACCGCCCCUGAAAAUGAAGGACACGCUGUCGAAGUAGCUCCAAAGGAACCUGAAGAACCUAAAACUGAUGAACCAGAGGUUGUUCCUCCAGGUACUCCAGUGGAUACGGUAAUCCAAGCGGAGGAGACACCAGCCAAACCUGAUGGAGACAUGCAGGAGGAGGAGGUGAAAGUGACAACGGUGGAGCCGACAGAUUCGGGGGAAGAUCGAAAAGAGGCUGAAGCAGUUGAACGCAAAGAGCAAAUGGGCAAUGGUGAACUCCGAAAACAAGAAGUGCCUGCAGCAGACGUUACCAGUUUGGAGAAACCGAUGGAGGAAACCACUAGACCAGACGGGGACAUCAAGGCUGUAGCUGAUGUGCCUUCCCCGACCUCUCUUGUGAAAGAAGAAGCGAAGGAGAAGGUGGAGGAAAAGGAGAAACCUGCAUCGCUUGUGGAUCAAGAAACUCCAGUCAGGCGAAGGUACGAGAAAAAGGAGGACUCCGAUUCAGGAAUUAGUUCUACUGCUGAUAGCAGCAGCAUAGACUUGAACUUAUCCAUAUCCAGCUUUAUAAGCAAAUCCAAGUCGGGAUCCACCUCUCAACAGGAUAAUAAGAGGCAGAAAAAGACUCUUAAGAAAACUCGUAAGUUUAUCGUGGACGGUGUGGAGGUCAGCGUGACAACAUCUAAGAUCAUCACAGACAAUGACACUAAAAGUGAGGAGAUGAGGUUCCUCAGACGUCAGGAGCUGAGAGAACUCAGACUUUUGCAGAAAGAGGAGCAGAGAGCUCAGCAGCAGCUCAGCAACAAACUCCAGCAACAGAGAGAGCAGAUCUACAGACGCUUCGAACAGGAAGUCACGAGUAAGAAGCGUCAAUAUGAUACUGAGGUGGAGAAUCUGGAACGGCAGCAGAAACAGACGAUCGAGCGUCUGGAGCAGGAGCACACGGAUCGUCUUCGAGACGAGGCCAAGAGAAUCAAAGCUGAGCAGGAGAAGGAGCUCUCCAAGUUCCAGAACAUGCUAAAGAACCGCAAGAAGGAGGAGCUCUCUCCCAAACAUGUGAGAAAUUCCAUCCUGAAACACUUUAGGGAAGAUCUAAUCCAACCCGUUGUCGAGGAGGAGCAGGAGUUUCUUCAGAAGCAGCAGCAGGAUCUAGACUGCGCUCUGAAGAAGAUCAUACAGCAACACAAACAUGAGCUGGCCACCAUCGAGAGGGACUGUCUCAACCACAAACAGCAGCUGCUCAGAGCGCGAGAGGCAGCGAUGUGGGAGCUUGAAGAGCGCCACCUACAGGAAAAACACCAGCUGCACAAACAGCAGCUUAAAGACCAGUACUUCAUGCAAAGACACCAGCUGCUCAAAAGACAUGAGAAGGAAAUGGAGCAAAUGCACAGGUAUAACCAGCGUUUGAUAGAGGAGAUGAAAAACAAACAGACUCAGGAGAGGACCAGGCUGCCUAAGAUUCAGCGCAGUGAUGCCAAGACCCGCAUGGCCAUGUUCAAAAAGAGUCUGCGCAUCAGCUCCACAGCGGUCACGCCCGACCUCGAGAGAGAGAAAGUCAAACAGUUUGCCGCACAAGAGGAGAAACGUCAAAAGAACGAGAGGCUUCAUCAACACCAGAAACAUGAGAAUCAGAUGAGGGAUCUACAGACACAUUGUGACGUCAAUGUCAGAGAACUUCAGCAGUUACAGAAUGAGAAAUGCCAUCUGCUCAUCGAGCACGAGACUCAGAAGCUGAAGGAACUGGAUGAGGAACACAGCGCUGAACUCAAGGACUGGAGAGAGAAACUCAGACCGCGCAAGAAGGCCCUCGAGGAUGAGUUUGCCCGUAAGGUACAGGAACAGGAAGUGUUCUUCAAAAUGAGCGGCGAGUCUACAUGCCUUAACCCCUCCAGCCAGAGCCGAAUCUCAAAGUUCUACCCUGUACCGACUGUCCACUCCACAGGGUUUUAAAAAAGAAACAUGGACAACUGCAGAAACAUCUCGCCACAUGUGCACUACAUCCCACAACUGAACCUCUGCUGCCUUCUUGUAUCAGAAUUAAAUGGGGGGUCGCUCGGUGAUAAGCUAGAGAGAAGGCAAAAUAUGUUUUUAUUGUAUUUUUUAUUUUAAUUUUCAAUAGUGGAUUUUCAGUUUGAUCUCACUACACGAUGAUGGGUUUGAAUUAAGUUUGUAUUCCACUAAAUGACGUUAUGCCAGUAAAUUAAUUUUGUUAUUUAUGGUUAUCAACGGCGUGAUUUUUUUAAGAUGGAAUGAGUGUUCAGCUCCAACCUGAUUUGCUUGCAGUACAGGAGUCGAUGUUUGUUGGCAGUGAAGGAGACGGACAAGCCAAGGGUUUUAAUAUCAAAAUCAGAAGAAUAAUACGCACAUUGAUUCUGACGAUUAAACAUUUAUAAAAAUAACACUAAACUGUUUCCUAGUGACAGUCCUCAUAUUUGAUUCGGUUAAUAUUUUAAUCAAACAUAAAUGGCACACUCUUGUUUGAUUUUUGUGGAAAUUUCAUAUACAUGUUACAAAGUAUAAUUGUCAAUUAUAUAGCAGCCAUUUUUUCCAGGUAUUUUGGCAUAUCAGCCACAAUGUAUGCAAUGUCUCUGACAUCACUGUGGUAUGAAAAGUGCGCUUCGUGCCUGCACUGCUAUGCAAUGUGAAAAUGUAGCCAAAUGAAACCAUCUCAGCUUUUUAUCUAACCUCAUAGCAAGAGAGAUCAGUUUCUGGAAGUUUUCCCCACGAUGUUUUUGCUUUGAAUUUAAAGGCAUGAUUAUUUUAAGUUCGAUAACCUGCGUGCUAUUCUCAUGUUCUUGUGUACUUUCAGUUAAAUUGUAUAAAGGAUUAUUUAUCCUUAUAACCCUGUUUAUAUGUAUACAGGCAGGUGUUCUUUUAUCAUAUUGUAUAUUUUAGCAUGUGAUUUUGUUUUAUUUUGUUAUAGAUUUCUUGUUGCAUGUACCUCUGUUGACAGAACUUCAACAUGACAUUUGUGGGAUAGUACAUCUGUGGAAAAAAAUGCUUAUUUAAAUGAAUGAAAACAAUAGGCUCUUAAGUCCUAGUGAUCAUGUCAUGGAUGUAGAAAGCAUUGUUAAUAUUCACAGUAGAUCGUGCUGUAAGGUUAGGAGUCAGAUGGGCGUUCGGAGUGCUGUGCACCUUCUGAUGAAAGAUUCCUGUCGUGCCUGUGUUUGCAUUUUCAUACAUGCGUUUCUCGUCCAUGUCAGUUUUUAAAGCAUUCUCAACAUGUGAGAUCAAAUUAGCAGCAUAAUAAUGUGAAAAAACUGUGUUUGUGUAAUAGAUCAAAAAGCUGUGAUUGAGAACAUUAAAACAUUUGUGUGAAUAA